ACACCGCAUACUCCCUCUCUCUCUGUCUCUCUCUCUAUAUAUAUAUCCCCUCUCCGCUUGAGCGCAGUAUUCUCUGCGCAACACCGCACCAUCUCAACACCUCAUCGUUUAUUAUACUUGGGACUCAUCUGAGUCAAGUUACAUUCGGUUCUGGGUCAUUAUACUGUAGAUGGCCGCAUCAUCAGUAUGCCUAGUGGGAAAUGGUUUGUCUAAAUGUAGCACUAAACCAAGUUUAAGUGAGGAGUUCUAUGGCAGGCAUCUAUUUCCUUCCUCAAGCCUUCCAUUAUUGGGCAAGGCAUCAAAACCAGUUCUCAUAAAAGCAUCUCUAGACCAAAGGCAGCAUGAGGGAAGACGAGGCCUUCUAAAGUUGUUGCUUGGUAAUGUGGGACUUGGUGUAUCUGGAUUACUUGGUAGUGGGAAAGCCUAUGCUGAUGAACAAGGUGUUUCUUCCUCCAGAAUGUCUUAUUCUAGGUUUUUGGAGUAUUUGGACAAGGACAGGGUGACAAGAGUAGAUUUAUUUGAGAAUGGAACCAUAGCUAUUGUUGAGGCUGUUUCUCCAGAGUUGGGUAAUCGGGUGCAGCGAGUUCGGGUACAACUCCCUGGACUCAGUCAGGAGCUCCUUCAGAAGUUCAGGGAAAAGAACAUCGACUUUGCUGCACACAAUGCUCAAGAAGACUCAGGUUCUCUAUUAUUCAACUUGAUUGGAAAUCUGGCUUUCCCACUGAUCUUAAUAGGGGGUCUGUUCCUUCUAUCAAGGCGCUCCUCUGGAGGAAUGGGAGGUCCCGGUGGACCUGGAUUCCCCCUUUCUUUUGGUCAGUCUAAAGCCAAGUUUCAGAUGGAACCCAACACUGGGGUGACUUUUGAUGAUGUUGCUGGAGUAGAUGAAGCAAAGCAGGAUUUCAUGGAGGUGGUGGAGUUUCUGAAGAAGCCUGAGAGGUUUACUGCUAUUGGGGCUCGUAUUCCUAAAGGGGUUCUUCUUGUUGGUCCUCCAGGAACUGGAAAGACCCUACUAGCCAAGGCAAUUGCUGGUGAAGCUGGUGUUCCAUUUUUCUCCAUCUCAGGUUCGGAGUUUGUUGAGAUGUUUGUUGGUGUUGGUGCCUCUCGAGUUCGUGAUCUUUUCAAGAAAGCCAAGGAGAAUGCUCCCUGUAUUGUAUUUGUUGAUGAAAUCGAUGCUGUUGGGCGGCAAAGAGGAACUGGAAUUGGAGGAGGGAAUGAUGAAAGGGAACAGACCCUCAAUCAGCUUUUGACAGAAAUGGAUGGUUUCGAGGGAAAUACUGGUAUUAUAGUAGUUGCAGCGACCAAUCGGGCAGACAUACUUGACUCUGCCUUGUUGAGACCAGGGCGAUUUGACAGACAGGUAAUGGUUGAUGUUCCAGAUAUACGGGGAAGAACAGAGAUCUUAAAAGUUCACGGCAGCAACAAAAAGUUUGAUGCGGAUGUCUCUCUUGAUGUGGUAGCCAUGAGAACACCUGGUUUUAGCGGAGCAGAUCUUGCAAACCUCUUAAAUGAGGCAGCUAUAUUGGCUGGUCGACGUGCAAAGACGGCAAUCUCACCAAAAGAGAUUGAUGAUUCAAUUGAUAGGAUUGUGGCUGGAAUGGAAGGAACAACUAUGACUGAUGGGAAGAGCAAAAGUCUUGUGGCAUAUCAUGAAGUCGGCCAUGCCAUUUGUGGAACUCUGACUCCAGGGCAUGAUCCUGUUCAAAAGGUGACCCUUGUCCCACGUGGUCAGGCACGAGGUCUCACCUGGUUCAUUCCUGCGGAUGACCCGACCUUGAUUUCUAAGCAGCAACUCUUUGCAAGAAUUGUUGGUGGUCUUGGUGGUAGAGCAGCUGAGGAGGUGAUAUUUGGUGAGCCUGAGGUGACCACAGGUGCAGCCGGCGAUUUGCAGCAGAUCACUGGUUUGGCCAAGCAGAUGGUAACCACAUUCGGAAUGUCUGAAAUUGGCCCGUGGUCACUUAUGGACUCAGCUCAGAGUGGUGACGUCAUCAUGAGAAUGAUGGCUAGGAAUUCAAUGUCAGAAAGGCUCGCUGAAGACAUUGAUACCGCUAUCAAGAAGAUUUCAGACUCCGCAUAUGUGAUUGCAUUGAGCCAGAUACGGAGCAACCGUGAAGCAAUUGACAAGAUCGUGGAAGUUCUUCUUGAGAAGGAAACAAUGACCGGAGAUGAAUUCCGGGCAAUUCUCUCUGAAUUCACUGAAAUUCCAGCUGAAAAUCGCGUGACUCCCUCUGUAGCUUCUCCAGUCGCUGUAUGAUAGCAUAGUUAUACAACACUUGUAAUUUACACUGCUGAUCAGUGUAAAUGUAAUACUCUGUAAUGUUUCCCACAUUUGUAAGCAGGAAAAAUGACUCAUUUGGAUCAGAAUGCGAAUAGUUCCGUUUUUGA